AUGUCGAGGACCAAGGAAACCGCCAGGACGAAGAAGACCAUCACCUCCAAGAAGAGCAAGAAGGCCUCAAAGGGUUCUGAUGCCGCAUCUGGCGUAAAGACCGCCCAACGCCGCUGGAGGCCCGGCACCGUGGCACUCCGUGAAAUCCGCCAGUUCCAACGCUCCACCGACCUGCUGCUACAAAAGGCACCAUUUCAACGCCUGGUCCGUGAGGUGUCUGGUGCCCAAAAGGAGGGUCUGCGCUUCCAGAGUAGCGCUAUUCUCGCCGCACAGGAAGCGACUGAGUCGUACAUUGUGUCGCUGCUUGCCGAUACCAACCGCGCAUGCAUUCACAGUGGGCGUGUGACAAUCCAACCAAAGGACAUUCACCUUGCCCUCUGCCUACGCGGUGAACGUGCAUAA